AUGUUUCUUCGAAAUGUUUUCCAACUUGCAGCUCUUGCAGCUUUGCUACAAAGUGCCAUUGCUGCACCAAUUCUCGGCCGCUCCGAGGGCAUCUCUGAAAUUGACACUCUGGAGGAGUCCAACUAUGGCGCGCGCAAGCGUGGCAAUGAGGUCUCUGAAAUAGACACCCUGGAGGAGUCCAACUAUGGCGCGCGCAAGCGUGGCAAUGAGGUCUCUGAAAUUGACACCCUGGAGGAGUCCAACUAUGGCGCGCGCAAGCGUGAUGCCCCCUGGUAUGCUGAUUACGGCGUUGAAAGUAAACAUGACCACUGA